UUUGUUUACGUUCACUUGCUAAAGGCUUAAUAUGGGAAAAAGUGAGAAGAAAUCAAAGAAAAAGCACAAGGAGAAGCGCAGGGAACACAAGGAAAAGCACAAGUCCAAGAAAUCCAAGAAACACAGUCGGAAAAAGGAGGAAUCCCCUCCGAUAGCUUCACCAACACCAAUACAACCCGAAAGGGGCAACCAGGAGGAGGAGGAGGACUUUGCCAUACCAAUAGCACUGAUGAAUAGCAAAUCGCAUGCACCGGAAACUCCAGAGGAAUACCAGCGCCGUCAGAGCCAGAUUCGCAGAGAGGUGGACCCGGUAACGGGUCGCGUCCGGCUCAUCAAGGGCGACAGUGAGGUGCUGGAAGAGAUUGUGACCAAGGAGCGCCACAUGGAUAUCAAUAAGAAGGCCACCCGCGGCGAUGGAGAGUUCUACGAAGCCAGAUCUCUGGAUGCCGCCAAGCGUCGCAAAUAACAAAAUACCAAAAAAUUCAAUAUAACUUAAGCUAUUUCAUGUCUUGUAGUAAUAAUUAAUAACUGUCAGUUUAAUUAAACAAAGGGCUAGCUAGCGACUAUAUGUACACGCGAAA